ACUUCUUCUAUAUGCCGUGCACAGACUUAAUAUACGGACAAAGUUUUUAAAUUUGGCAUUGACCUGCGGUUUAUUCCGUUCUCCGUCGACAUGGAGUACUGGAGGCAAUGCUCGAUGUGGCUGAUCAGCUGCAACGUGUUGCCCGCGAACCACCGGGUAACUGCGGACACGGCGCAGGUGUUCGACCUGGCGCAAACCCUGCGGGACGGGGUGCUGCUGUGCCAGCUGCUCAACAACCUAAGACCCCACACUAUCAACUUAAAGGAGAUCAAUCUCAGGCCACAAAUGUCACAGUUCCUGUGCUUGAAAAACAUUCGGACAUUUCUGGCUUCUUGCUGCGAAGCAUUUGGGAUGAAAAAAAGUGACUUAUUUGAAGCCUUUGAUCUCUUCGAUGUCCGAGACUUUGGAAAGGUUAUGGACACCCUGUCCAAGCUUUCUCAUACAACAAUUGCUCAGCAAGCAGGAUUCAAGCCAUUUCCAACAGAGGAGAGCCUGCAAGAUGAGGACAUUUACAACAAUCUGGAAGACAUGAUUGAUGAGAAUGUUCCUGAGGAUGAGGAUGACUUGUAUGCCGCGGUGUACGGGCUGGAAGAUGACUAUGCUGGUGGGGAGAUCUAUGAAGAUCUCAUGAGGACGGAACAGCAUCCCCCACUGAAGCAGGUGGAGGUUGAUAUCCGGAGUUGCUGCCUUACAGAGAUUAAACAGACAGAGGAGAAAUAUACAGAGACCCUGGAGUCGAUUGAGAAGUAUUUCUUGAAUCCACUGAAGAAAUUCUUCUCUGCGGCUGAAAUAGACAAAGUUUUUGUCAACAUUCCAGAUCUUGUAAAACUUCACAAGAGCCUUAUGGCCGAUGUGCAGGAUUCCAUCCUGAACAAAAAUGCCUUAAAUCUCUACCAGAUAUUCAUCAGCUACAAAGAGAGAUUGCUUAUUUAUGGGAUAUACUGCAGUCGAGUGGAAAUUGGCAUUGCUGUUUUAGACCUCAUUUGCAAAGAGAAGGAGGAUGUUCGCCUGAAGCUGGAGGAGUGCUCCAAAAGGGCCAACAAUGGGAAGUUUACACUGAGGGACCUGCUGGUUGUCCCAAUGCAGCGAGUCCUAAAGUACCAUCUCCUUUUGCAGGAGCUAGUCAAACACACUCAUGAUGCUGCUGACAAGAGCAACUUGAAGAUUGCUCUUGAUGCCAUGAAAGACCUGGCUCAGUACGUCAACGAGGUGAAGAGAGAUAAUGAGACUCUUAGGGAGAUCGACCAGUACCAGAGGUCUAUCGAAAACCUGAAUACGCCACUAAUCACCUAUGGCCGGCCAAAGGGAGAUGGAGUGGUGCGCAUAGUCUCCAGUGUUGACAAGAAGAAACAGGACAGGCACAUCUUUUUAUUUGAUGUAGCAGUCAUUGUUUGCAAGCGAAGAGGAGACAACUAUGAGAUGAAAGACAUACUCGACCUCAACUACUUCAAGAUCACAAACAACCCCACGUCUGACAGAGAGGGUAAAAAGUGGUGCUACGGGUUCUAUGUGACACACCAGCAGGGGCACACGGGCUUUGAACUCUUUUUUAAGACCAGAGAGCUGAAGAAGAAGUGGCUGGAUCAGUUUGAAAUGGCCAUAUCAAAUAUCCGUCCAGAGAUGGCCACCCACAACUCCCACCUUUUCAAGAUGCACACAUUUGAAAGGAUCACUUCCUGCAACUUCUGUCAGCUCUUGCUUAGGGGCAUCUUUAACCAGGGUUAUCGCUGUCUAAAAUGUGGCCUAGGGGCUCAUAAGGAGUGUCUGGGUCGACUGGGAGUCUGUGGGAGAACAGAGCCUGUCAAGUCGAGACCUAAGGACAACACAACACCACCAGACCCAGGUUUACCCAGGAUGGUUGUGAUCAGAGACUACAGUGGCAACCCCUGUCCCCAGUGCGGGCCCCCACUAAGUAUUCACGUGGGGGAUAUCAUUGAACUGAUGUUUGCCGACUUGCACAGCUCCUGGUGGCAGGGCAAAAUUCUGGCUACAAGCAAGAUUGGCUUCUUUCCAAGUGAUGCUGUGAGGCCUUGCCCAUGUGUUCCUAAACCUGUUGAUUACUCUGCCCAGCUCUGGUUUGCAGGGCCUAUGGAAAGAGGCCAAGCUGAGGUGGCCCUCCUGGAUCAGGGAAACAGCACCUAUCUGGUUCGACACAGGAGUAAAGAGUGCACUGAAUAUGCCAUCAGUAUAAAGUUCAACGAUAAAGUGAAGCACAUUAAGAUUCUGACCAAGGAUGGAGGCUUUUACAUUGCUGAGAGUCGGGUGUUCAGGACUGUGCUGGACUUAGUGGAAUACUACCAACAGCACUCUCUAAAGGAGGGUUUCAGCAGUCUUGACACCACUCUACAGCACCCCUACAGGGAACAGCCCAAUGGAAACAUGCCCAGGGCCAUUCCCAAGGUCGGGAGUGUUUCUCCUGGCGGCUGCAGCUUUGUUCCUCCCUCCUCCUCGCCUUUCUGGUCAGUCUUUUCUCCUAGAGUGGUGGGUAUUGCAGUCGCACGCUAUGACUUCUGCUCCAGAGACACGCGGGAGCUUUCUCUGCAACAGGGAGACAUUAUCAGGAUCUACACCAAGAUGCCCAACGGGUGGUGGAAGGGAGAGGUCGAUGGCAGAGUGGGCUGGUUUCCCUCUACCUAUGUAGAUGAGGAGGACUGACUUUGCUUGUUGCAACAUCUAUUCAGCACCCAUUCAGGCUGAAACCCUCCAGUGAAUGCCAUGGUGCGCUGCCACUGUCUGGGCCCUCAGUCAUAUCUCUCUUUGAUAAAAAUCCAGAGACUCAGACACAAGAGGAGGUGGCACUGCCCUUAAAAACCUUCUCCUGUCCUCUGACAGACUCUCACACAGAAAUGUCAUAUCACGGAUUCCAGGAGCGUCAUGCCAUAUCUUACCUCUACGUGGCCCUGUCUGCCCCUGCGGCCCACUGGGAAGUACAUGUGCUGUACCUAGAUAACCCUUUGUCUCCCACUCAACUUCUCUUAUUAUUGAUGACUCCAUUGGCUGGUGUGAGACUUGCCUUUCAUUAUCUUCAUGUUUUGAGACCAGGAAAGCUCAAUCACCGAGCUGGACCACAGAUCCUGCUAAUGGUGCCCUGCUCAGGUACUCCAUUAAAUUGAAGUGCAAGUGCUGAGAAGUUUUCGACACCUCCUGGAACACUACAGCCCUCGUGGCUGACAUUUGUGUUCAGCUCUCUUUAAUUUUGUUUCUUUACAUUCCAAACGGUAUGAACACAAACUUUCUGAUGUUGAAAUAUACUUGCUGAACUUUGAAUUUGACCGUAAUUUUAAAAAGGGUCGACUUUGAAAAAAGGAUGGAUCCACGAUGGACCGACUUGUCAUUCACAUGAGAAUAAUGGAUCUAUGGAUGCUGAAGUGGUUCACAUCUGAAAAUAAAUAACUGAUAACGUGGCGAUGGAACCUGUGGGUGAUAAAGCUUAUUCGAAAUGUGUGUAGACUGGAAAGCUAUAGUUUGACAUUUUGGGAAACGUAUUUAUUUGCUCUUUUGGCAAAAUUAGAUGAGAAGGUUAAUAGCAGUCUGACGUCAGUCUGUUUAAUAUGAUGUUUGAAACAGUAGCCUGUCAGCUUUCAUUAGCUUAAAGGCUCACUUACAGACAGGUUAGAAAUUAUUUCUUCAAUUUGUAAUAAAGCAAAAGUGUGAAACAGAUAAUGUGUGGUUUUACUUGGGUCCUGGACGUUCUUGUCAGUAGUGACUUCUUUAUAUCUCCACCCAUAGGGAUGACAAGUGAUGCUAGAGAACUUUAGAGACCCUGGUAGGUGGAUAUUACAAUUUCCAGACCAAAUGGAGUUACUGAAGCCAUUUGCCUCCAUCCAACCGUCUUGUGGCUGCAGAUUCAUAUUUAGUGGAAAAAUACAAGCCAUCAGUCUUCUCUUACUCUCACCAAGAAACUGUGUAAGCAUAUUUCCCAAAAUAUCAACCUAUGCCAUACAUAGUUAUUGCUGGCCUUACAAGAUUGCAAAUAAAUAUGGUGA